AUGCUGGCAUCUAAGAAAAUGAACAGAAGAAAUUCCACCUUGGUGACUGAAUUUAUUCUCUUGGGAUUAACGGACCGACCAGAGCUGCAGCCCGUUCUCUUUGUGCUGUUCUUGGUGAUAUAUUUGAUUACCGUUGGGGGGAACCUUGGGAUGUUGGUAUUGAUUAGGAUAGAUUCACGCCUCCACACGCCCAUGUACUUCUUCCUGGCCAGUUUGUCCUGCUUGGAUUUGUGUUAUUCCACUAAUGUGACACCCAAGAUGUUGGUGAACUUCUUGUCGGAGAAGAAAACCAUUUCCUAUGCUGCUUGUUUAGUCCAGUGUUAUUUUUUCAUUGCCAUGGUGAUCACGGAAUAUUACAUGUUAGCUGUCAUGGCGUAUGAUAGGUAUAUGGCCAUCUGCAACCCAUUGCUUUAUACUAGUAAGAUGUCCAAAGGGGUCUGUAUUCGUCUGAUUGCCGGUCCAUAUAUUUAUGGGUUCCUUAGCGGCCUGAUGGAAACCAUGUGGACAUACCGUUUGACCUUCUGUGACUCUAAUGUCAUUAAUCACUUCUAUUGUGCUGACCCACCCCUCAUCAGACUCUCCUGCUCCGACACUUUCAUUAAGGAAACCUCCAUGUUUGUAGUCGCAGGAUUUAACCUUUCCAACUCGCUGCUCAUAAUUCUCAUCUCCUACCUCUUCAUUCUCGUUGCUAUCCUGAGGAUGCGUUCCGCAGAAGGCAGGCGCAAAGCCUUUUCCACCUGUGGGUCCCAUCUGGUCGCAGUGACAAUAUUUUAUGGGACCCUGUUCUGCAUGUAUGUUAGACCUCCCACAGACAAGUCAGUAGAGCAGUCCAAAAUCAUUGCUGUCUUCUACACUUUUGUCAGCCCUAUGUUGAAUCCCAUCAUUUAUAGUUUGAGGAACAAGGAUGUGAAGCAAGCUUUCCGGAAACUGAUCACAAGAAAUGUACUUGGAAAGUGA